ACAACCAAAAAAGCUUCCAACAGCAAGAAAGUGUACGAGUGAUGUGCCCACUCUCGACAUUUAUCAAUCAUUUCAUGUGUUUUUCUUGAUUUAUUUAUAUAUAUUGCAACAAAGUGAGGAUAUAUAGAAUCUCACGACAUUAACUCCGCCAUAAAUUCGAAGUGAGAAUUAUUUCUGAGUGUAGUUAAUAAAUCUUGGAGAUGGUUUUGAAGGAUAUAAAGGAUGAUUCUUCUUUGCCACGAUCGUCCGGUGGUUUCUCCAAAUCUUCGCCGCCACCACCAGAGGUGGAAGCUGUUGAUCCAUACAACCGGAAAAUUUCGCCAGAUUCUAUGUUGGGUGCUGAGAAGGUUCAGAAAAAGCCCGGAGGAUGGAGUGCCAUCACGUUCAUUUUAGGAAAUGAGACGUUGGAGAGACUAGGAACGAUUGGGUUGUUGUCAAACUUCAUGGUGUAUCUAACCAGAGUGUUCCACUUAGAACAAGUCGACGCUUCAAAUGUCAUCAACAUCUGGUCUGGUUUCACCAAUCUCACUCCCCUCGUCGGCGCGUUCAUCUCAGACGCUUACGUUGGCCGUUUCAAGACCAUCGCUUUCGCCUCAUUCGCCACCCUCAUCGGACUAGUGACAUUGACACUCACAGCAUCGCUUCCUCAACUCCACCCAGCAACAUGCAACAGCAAAGACCCAGUCAGUUGUGGCGGUCCUAACAAGCUCCAGUUUGGAAUUUUGCUGUUAGGUCUCGGUUUCCUCUCCAUAGGGAGUGGAGGAAUAAGACCAUGUAGCAUCCCUUUUGGGGUUGACCAGUUUGACCAGCGAACUGAAGAAGGUCUUAAAGGAGUAGCAAGUUUCUUCAACUGGUAUUACAUGACUUUCACUGUGGUUCUGCUCAUUACACAAACCGUGGUUGUGUACAUCCAAGACCAAGUCAGCUGGAUCAUUGGUUUUAGCGUCCCUACAGGACUCAUGGCUUGUGCUGUUGUUAUGUUUUUCGCCGGGAUGAAGCUUUAUGUCUACGUUAAACCCGAAGGAAGUAUAUUCUCUGGAAUCGCUCAAGUUGUCGUGGCAGCUCGGAAAAAGCGAAAAAUGAAGCUCCCUGCGGAAGAUGACGGCACUGUGACCUACUAUAACCCACCCGUUAAAGAUAGCGUGUUAUCCAAGUUACACCAUAGUAACCAAUUCAGGUUUCUAGACAAAGCGGCGGUGAUAGUAGAAGGUGACCUAACAUCGGAGGGAGUUCCGGCGAACAAGUGGCGGCUAUGCAGCGUCCAAGAAGUGGAAGAAGUAAAGUGUUUGAUCCGAAUAGUUCCUGUUUGGUCGGCUGGAAUUAUCUCACUAGCGGCCAUGUCGCAACAAGGAACAUUCACGGUCUCUCAAGCUUUGAAAAUGGAUAGACAUAUGGGUCCAAACUUCGAGGUUCCAGCUGGUUCUCUCUCCGUCAUCUCUCUCCUUACCAUCGGCGUUUUUCUCCCCUUAUACGACCGCGUUUUAGUCCCGUUUCUCCGCAGGAUCACCGGCCAUAAAUCCGGAAUCACACUCCUCCAACGAAUCGGGACAGGGAUCGUUUUUGCGAUCCUUUCUAUGAUUGUAGCCGGUCUCGUGGAGCGUGUGAGACGCACACGCUCCAUCAACGCCGGAGAUCCGACAGGGAUGACUCCAAUGUCGGUGUUUUGGCUCUCGCCGCAGCUAAUUCUCAUGGGACUAUGCGAAGCGUUUAAUAUUAUUGGACAGAUUGAGUUCUUCAACAGUCAGUUUCCGGAACACAUGAGAAGUAUCGCUAAUUCUCUCUUCUCUUUAUCUUUCGCUGGUUCGAACUACCUUAGCAGUUUGAUAGUGACGACUGUUCAUAAAUUCACCGGUGGUCGUGACCGUCCGGAUUGGCUGAACAAGAAUCUCAACGCGGGAAAAUUGGACUACUUCUAUUAUCUGAUUGCGGUUUUGGGUGUGGUUAACCUGGUUUAUUUUUGGUAUUGUGCUCGGGGAUACCGGUACAAGGUCGGUCCACAGAUUGGAGAUUUCGAGGAAGACAAGAGUUUCUCUGAUGUUGAGAUGAGUUCCAAAAAACAGCUGAAAUGAUUUUAGUAAGUCUGGUUGGGAACAACAGGAACAUGAUCGAUGUUGUUUGAAUACUAUGACAAUGUGUAUGUGUAUAAUAGAUAAGAACUAGAUUAUAUAAUAAAUUACUCUUAUCACUUUUUCACGAUACUUCGUAGAGUGUAAUCAAUAAAUCGAAUUUUAAAAUCAUGGAA